GGUUCUUGCGCUUGCAGGAAAGUGAAGUACGAGGUCAAGGGAGAUCCGAUAGAGUGCUAUAUUUGCCACUGCACGCAAUGCCGCAAAAGCACUGGCUCGUCGUUUCACACGAUAGGCUUGUUCAAGGAGGAGAACUUCCGCAUAACCCACGGAGCUGAAUCAUUGCGAGCGUUCGACGACACGCAUACAGAUAGCGGACGGACGCUGCAGCGUCGGUUCUGUGGUAGCUGCGGCUCGCAGAUGUUCGGCAAAACCCCGGCGUUUGGCCCGAUUCUUUGCGUUAUGAUUGGCACCAUUGACCAAGAACACGAUUGGAGCGCUCGACACGAGAUAUUCGCUGAACAGCGGCGGAAGUGGGUGACGGCUGUGGAAGGUGCAAGGCAGUGGCCGGCUCUGUGGUCAUUCAAGGAUCGAGGCAAGCUGUGA